AUGAGCAAAAUUAAUUUCUCAUUCAAGCCAAAUAUAUACGACAAAUCUCGGUUAAGGAAAUGGAAUAACAUGAAUGGCACGGAGAGUGAUGACUGCGACGACGAUGAGGAAACUGAUAUCGAGUCCAAUGUGGUGAACAAAGACGGAAGUUUUUACAAAAAGAUAUACGCCCUUAUAGGGUCCAAAUCAAAGUACAUCAAUUUAGUGUUAAAGUGCAAGCGUGACAAGGGCAACGAGAGUAUCACUGCCCCUAAGAAAAAGUAUCUUGGGAUUAAUCGCAAGUUUCAAGAUGAUGAGAAGGAGGAACAGGAAAACGCUUUAAAGACCAUUAGAGAGAUUAUUAAGAAGAAAUUUCCUAAGCGCAUUGAUGAGAAAAUAGAUUUGUACUUAAAGGAAGUUAUAAACAAUCCGCCUCAGGAAAAUUGUGCACUGCACAAGAAUCUCUUCCAGAGAAAUGAAAAGAACAUGUUCGUAAAACACAACAUAAUAAGUUAUCUUCUCAAUUUUGUAGAUAUUAAAUCUUUAAUGAAACUUAAGGAGUGUUCAAAAAUUGACAACGAAGUAGUAAGCUUAUAUUUGCGAAAGAUUUUGCAUACAUUAUCUUUUAAGGAUGAUGAAAUAAAGGCUAAUAUUCACUACUGGAGAAAUGUUGUGAAUUACUUUUUUUGCAAAACUGGUACACUUAAACCCAUUGAUAGAAUGGGUUAUGAAAAAGUUUUCAAUGCAUUUGAAAAAAAUAAAAGUUUUUGUGUAAUUACAAAUGAUUCUAUGGAUUCAAAUGUACACAUCAGUUUAGAUUAUUUUAAUGAAAAUUUUAUAACUUCGUGCACGCAUCAAAAUCCUUUACCACAUACAUGUGAUCUUUCAAAAGAAAUAAAAGCAAAGGAUAGAUAUUUGAAAACUGAACAUAUUUCUGUUAUCGAUUUUGUUGAAGAAUAUUAUAAAAGACUAUCAGUUAAUGAUGAUGAGUUAAUGUGGCAUAUAUGCUAUUUUAGAAAAUCUCGUGAAUUCCUAACCCUACUCUUGUUGGAGUAUCUUAAAUGCAUGUUACAUAUUCUUCAUAAAUAUUCUGGAAAAUGCACUUUUAAAAAAACGGAAUAUUUGGUUAACUGUGGACAUCAUAUUACUCAUCGUAUUUGGAUUCAGAUGUUUUAUGAGUAUGGAUAUGAAUCUGCAGAGAAUCAGAAAAAGACGAAGGAAGAAAAAAAUGCUGUAUUUACUAUGAAAUAUAACAGCAAUAAGCAGAAGAAUAAUGAUCUUAGUUUGGAGGAUAAUACCAACAAUAAGACACUCUACUUAACCAUUGCUGAUCAUUUCAAAUGGGAUGCCUAA